CGCCGCUUUGUUGUCGUACGUGCUCUGACAUACGUCGGUCUAUCUGCUACAAACACACACAAGAUGGAGGUGGAGCAGCUCCUGUCUCUGUCAGGCCCGGCGCUGGCCCAGGCUGUCAGUUCUCUGCUGGAGACCCCAGGCCUGUACGUCUUCUCCGACAUCCUGGAGCUGCCUAAUGUCAGAGAGAUGGAGAAUGGUCCUCAUGCACCAAUGUACCAGCUCCUGAACCUCUUUGCCUAUGGAACCUACUGCGACUACAAAGAGAGAGCAGCCUCCCUUCCAGAGCUGACCCCCGCACAGAGAAACAAACUCCGCCAUCUGUCCAUCAUCAGCCUGGCCUCCAACCUCAAGUGCCUGCCGUACUCGCUCCUUCUGCAGCAGCUGGAGCUGAAGAAUGUGCGGGAGCUGGAGGACCUGCUGAUCGACGCCGUUUACUGUGACAUCAUCCAGGGCAAACUGGACCAGAGGAACCAGCAGGUGGAGGUCGACUGCAGCGUGGGCCGUGACCUCGGCCCCAACGAGCUCCCAAACAUAGUCAACACGUUGCAGGAGUGGUGCACAGGGUGCGAGGCGGUGUUGUGCGGUAUCGAGGAGCAGGUCACGAGAGCCAACCAGUACAGAGAGAGCCAGCUGAAGGUCAAAGUCCAAGUGGAAACAGAGGUUUCAAACCUACAGAAAACGUUAAAGGCCAGCGCCGCCUCUCCCUCAUCAGGCCCCGCCCCUGCUGGAGCCGCCUCCAAUCAGGACGCAGACCAGCCUGCUGAGCUGCGAGACCCCGCCUCCUCUCAGGAACCUCGGCAACCCGGCAAAAAGAGUUCAAAGGUGAAAGGGCUGCGCGGCAGUGGGAAGAUCUGGUCCAAGUCUAACUGAGGACAAGAGGAGGACGGUGGCACGGACGGACACUGUCACCGAUGAUUGGACACGUGGACGUGUUGAUGGACAAAUGGAAACAUUCAACAAUGUGACCAAUGCUCACGGACACCCUCGUCACAUACACCUAAAAACCAGGAAGCUUCAUGGGAACUUUUCUUAUCACCUAAUUUCACUUUGACGGAUUUGGAAAAACACACUUGACCGAUGGAUACGACGGGUGGGACAUCUUCGCUUGCAGUUGUUACUUACUUAACAAGGUGGACUAUCACUAUAUAUAUACACACACACACACACACAGCGCAAUUGUAACACAUUAAGACAGAGCAGUCUGCAGAAGGAGUCUUUGACCAGAAACAGGAUCCGUGUAUUUGAAGCUUGUGUGUGUGUGUGUGUGUGUGUGCGUGUGUGUGUUUCUCUCUUAUCAGUUUAAAAAUGUUGUUUUUGUUUAGAUUCAUUCUGCGUUGCUUUGUAUUUUCUUCUCUCUGCUGAAUUGAGACAUGUUUAAAAUCAGAAUAUAAAUAGUUGGGAAAUAAAGCAACGCCCUGUACUUA